AUGGGAAAUCUCACCUGGGAGCAGUCUGUACUUUCACAAGCAGAGGAGUUGAAGCCAGCUGAGCAGAAGAUUUUUGCAGACUUGCAGUUACCAAAAGUUGUGGGAUAUACUGAGAAGAGAAGCAAAUCACAGAACCAGACUCACAAGCAACCACAGAAGCAACAAAUUCUUGGUGAGAACACUUCUAGUGGUCUUCCACUAAGGAUUCAGGCAUUGUUACCAAAAGUUGUGGGAUAUACUGAGAAGAGAAGCAAAUCACAGAACCAGACUCACAAGCAACCACAGAAGCAACAAAUUCUUGGUGAGAACACUUCUAGUGGUCUUCCACUAAGGAUUCAGGCAUUGUUAGUGGACUGGGAAUUUAAAACUGAUCUGACUUCAGAGGCUCCAGUGGCAGUAGAUGGAACUAGUGAAGAAGACGAGGAAAUGCAACUUGCAUUGGCAGCUUCUAUGGAAGGUGUAAAGGAUACCAAUGGAGUUACAUCGAAGGAUGCAAGCAUAAUCAACACUCAGGAAGAAACAUGCUCAAUAAAGAAGCCUAGUUAUCCACCUCUUCCUGAAGAGCCCAAGGGUGACAGGAACCUCCUUUGCAGGGUAGGCAUCCGACUUCCUGAUGGUCGUAGGCUUCAGAGGAAUUUCUUCCGCACUGAUUGCAUACAGUUACUUUGGUCAUUCUGCUACUCCCAGCUUGGGGAAGAUGAUGCGCGCCCAUUUCGCUUGACUCAGGCGAUCCCAGGUGCUUCGAAGUGUUUGGACUAUGAUAGCAAAUUAACCUUUGAGGAGUCAGGUCUCUCCAACUCGAUGGUUUCAGUUACUUGGGAUUGA